AUGGCCGAAUACGACCGUCGAAACCAGGGCCACCGAGGGGACCGAGGUGACCGAGGUGGGCGCAAGCGCCGCUACAGAGACGACGAUGACUACGAUCGCCGCCCCCAGAGACGCAGACAGGAGGAGCCUCUGUUGGUUGUCGUCCGUCGGCAGUUGUUGACCAUUGCGGAAUCGGCUGCUCGCAGAGUCGAGGAUGAUAUUCAGAGUAUUGCGAAGUCAGUUGCGGAGAAUUAUGACGAUGAGGACAUUCGCCGCGACUUUGUCAACAUCUCCCUUGAUCUUGUUCACGAACAACCUAUGAAAAUCCCUUUCAUCGCCAGUGCCGUUCUGGUCGCGCAUAGUCUCAAGCCCGAGCUUGGAUCGGAGAUCGUGGCCAAGGCUGCUGGGGCUUUGCAGAAACACAUUAAUACUGGCGCAUGGCGGGAGGUUAAGCUUCUGAUUCGUUUCUUGGGUCUUCUUCAGCCGCUCUAUGAGGGUGAGGGCAUCUUCCCUCUUUUGGAGGAGCUCUUUGCUCGUGCUGUUGACCUGCAGACUGCCUCUUCUGAGGAUCUUCUUGGCCUUGAAUUGGUGAAGAUUAUCCAGUUCACUCUUCCUUACAUUAUGCUCUCUCCGGUGUCCGGUUUCGAGGCCCAGGCUACUGGGCUUCUGGAUAAGACCGACAUUAUCGCGACAACUCCGCACGCCCUUGUCGAUUUGGUCAAUACAUUCAGCCCCGAGGAAAACCAGUCCGCGGCUGGUCAGAGUGUUAUCAGCUUGAUGCAGACCCAGCUUCAAGGAGAGGUCAACAACGGCUGGCAGCUUAAGUGUCUUCCUCGUCCCUGGAAGGACAUUCGGGAUUCUGAGACCGGUGAGCCCCAGUCAUUUGACUCGGUGGCCAAGAUUGCCUUCCCUGAGGUUACGGUGCCUAGCCCCGUCCUCAAUGGCCCACGUCCGCUGUUCCCAGAGGUCUAUCUUUCGGUCUACGCCGACCAAGAAGUGGACACUGUUCCUUCCACUGAAGACAUUUCAUCUUCGCUCAUUAGAGACGUAUUGGUCGAUACCAUCAACCUACUUGACUUCAACCGUGUCGCUACGGCCAAGUUCUUGAUUGAUAUCGACUGUUACUUCACCCCUUAUACAUUUGUGAAGCGUGCCACGCCGUUCGACCGCAUGCGCGACCUCGCAGGUGAGAUCCAGCCUUGGAAGCCUGAGGACGUGGCAGUGGAUGCCGUGUUCUCACAGCUGUUCCAGCUGCCUGCUUCGGAGCACAAGCUUAUUUACUACCAUUCCGUUCUUACUGAGUGCUGCAAGAUUGCCCCAGCGGCGAUUGCGCCGAGUUUGGGUCGUGCGAUCCGAUUCUUGUAUAACAACCUAGAGACCAUGGACUUGGAGCUCAGCAACCGUUUCCUUGAUUGGUUCGCUCACCAUCUGAGCAACUUCGGCUUUACAUGGAAAUGGAGCGAGUGGACUGAUGAUCUGGAUCUUCCCGCUAUACACCCUAAGAUGGCAUUCAUCCACGGUGCCUUGGACAAGGAGAUUCGUUUGAGCUUCGCUCAGCGUAUCAAGGGCACUCUCCCGGAUCCUUAUCCUAAGUUGAUCACCCCGGGCAAGGAGAAGGACACACCCGAUUUUAAAUAUUCCUCCGACAUGGCACCCUACGCUAAAGAAGGUCAGGAACUCAUGCAGCUGAUCCGUAAGAAGGCCACCGAGGAAGAGAUUCAAUCUGUGAUCACAGCGAUCGAGGACCAGGCCAAAAGUCAGGGCGUCGAUGACCCCAAAAUCCCCUCCACAGACGCAUUUGUCACGUCCCUGUGUUACGUCGGAUCCAAGUCCCUCUCUCACGUCCUUUCCUGCAUCGAGCGCAGCAAAGAUCGUCUUCUAGAGAUCGGCACUGAGUCCAAAGCUGCCCGCUGCCAGAUCAUCACCUCCGUCAUGGACUACUGGGUCGACCAGCCCGGCAUCGCAAUUAACAUUAUCGACAAGCUGCUCAACUAUACCAUCCUCAGCCCCCUCUCCGUCCUCGAAUGGGCUCUUGCCGAAUCCGUUGCUGCAGGGACCAUCCUCUCAAAGCCCCACGUCUUCGAGAUGAUCUCCGCCACCGUCGGCAAGGUUACCAACCGUAUGCGCCAGAUCGUCGCCGCCCGCACCCAGCCAGCUCUCUAUGAGCCCCAACUGACUGCCAUCGACGAGACUCUGUCCCGCGAGCGCGAGGACAUGCAAACCCUUUUCAAGUACAUCGAGGACUCGAUUGUCUCCGUCGCGGCCGGUAGCAACGACGAGCAGAUGGAGCGUGGUGACGGCACCGGUGAUCUACCCGAGGAUGCUAUCAUCCGCCAGUGGGGCCGUCGCUGGCUCCGCGUUUUCCGCAGGAAGGCUGCUGUCGAAGAGGCCUUCAUCUCUGAUGCCUUGGCUAAUGCUACUCCCCUUGGGACGGUGGCCCCUCCGGCUCCUGAACGGGAGGUUGGUGACGGUGAUCUUGACAUUGCUGAUGCAGAUGUGGAUCUGCAAUAG